AUGCGCCACGACGUAGUCGUCGCCUCGGUUCGUUUGAGACAAUUUUCGGGUGAGUGCGUGUUGCAUUAUCGCACGAUUGCAGACUAUUGGAGCCGGCCGGUAGUGUUAGGACAAAUCGUGAGAUUGACGGGUGACUUUAACAAGAAGGUGGCAGACGAGAGCCGAAGGAAGGCGAACGACGGGGCCUUCUUUGGAUGGUUGAUGAAGUUGGUUGAGUUCUGCGCCAUCUUUGGACUGAGUGCAGUAGUGAUCAACGGUGGUAUUAAAAUUGGCACCUUCGCUGCCGUUUUGGCUGGCCUAAAAAGUGCAGCGCAGGAGUUCCAGGGCGCUUACCACACCAUGGUUACAAUGCAGGCUUGCUUUCCAUACCUGUGGAGGUGCGUCAGGUACUUGAACUUGCCCAACGACUUAUGGGAGCGCAGAGACAAGCUCUCAGAAGUGAGGCGUUGGUUUGGUGAGCGCGUCGAUCUGGAGCGGCUGCAAGCCCCAGGAGAGAUACCCGAAGACAGGAUUCCUCUCCGCGUGGAAAGCAUCACAUUCGCUUACCAAGGGGGGACCUUGCCCAUCUUCCGCAGCUUGACAUUGGCAAUCAAUCAGGGAGAGCUCGUUGCUAUCCUUGGGCCGCGCAGUUCAGGCAAGAACACCCUCCUCCAGAUAUUGGCUGGGUUGCUCCUUCCAACCGCAGGCAGCAUCAACGUACCACCGCAUCUGCGCGUGCUGCACCUGAGGUAUGAGCAACAUCUCUGGGACAGGCCUUUGUCCGACACCCUGUAUUUUGGAUGGAUGGCCGCCCACGGUGUGACUCGGGUCGAAGAUUUGGACGACCACACGAUCGCGAAAGGAUUGGAUAUCUGCAAGGAGCUAGAGCUUCACAAGAACCUGGUCAACACAAUCGAACGUGAGGUGAGAUCGAGAACCAAUCCGUCCAUCAAGGGGAUCGGAAAGCUUUCAGACACAAGUGACAUCUCCAAAGAUUCCAGCUACAGGCUGCAGUUAGCCUGCGCUCUACUCGCACACCCAGAGGUCUUGGUAGUUCACACGCCUGUGGCCCAUGCCGCCUGGAACGACGGGGGCCGCCUGAUGGACGUGCUCCGACGCUACGUGGACGAGCGUGGCAUGUGCUCUCCGCCUGGCCAGGUGCAUAUCCGACGGCCGCGCACGUGCGUAGUGUCUAUGGAGAAGCCUGUCUACCUGGAGAAAGCCCACCGGGUUCUCGAGAUCGAGGACGGGCAGGUCAGACAGAGGACAGCCCACAGCAUCAGCUAG